GACCUUUGACGUUUGACCCCGAGAGGAAGGCCUAAGGUAUAAUUAUAUAUACUUCGUACGGCCUCUCUUGAAGGCGCAAUGAGCCAUCUUCCCACUGCUACCAGGAAAAGAUAUGGAAAAUCUGAAGUGGUUACUCCUUUUUGGCAGUUUAUUGUACAGCAUUCAUACUGCCUUGAACUGUAAUAGUGGUAAACAAGUCAAUAACUGACGGAAUGUCACACUGCCCAACUACAGUAACUGUUAACUUCACCAAGUACCGCUUUACUAAUUGGUCUUCUUGUGUUACAUUAUAGUAAACCUUUGUGUGUAUGUACUUUUGGGUCUUACAGUUCUUUCCUUACCAAAAAAUGUGCAGUAUUAUAAUAGUUCUAAACAGUUGGGCAGUCCUCUGUGCUGCACUUCUGGAUAACUUUUGAAUUGUCGUCUCCUUGAUAGUUUUCCACUGCAUAUAGCCCAAUGAGUUUCCACCACCGAAUAUAUUUUCCUUCCCCUAAACUUUAUUCUCAAAAUGUCAAUAACUAUAGCACCAAAAUAAGCAGUUGAUGAUACAACCCCAUGCACUGCAUGCAUGAGCUUUAUGGAUGAGGUUAACGUGAAAAUAGCGUCAAUAAAAAAGGUGGAAUGCAAUACAAUGCUAUAAUCCCCCACUAUAAACUACUAAAUAGUAAUAAGUUUAUAAUACGUAUGAAAAAUUCAAAAUGAAUACGGGGACCUGGUGGUGGAUGCAAGAACUCAGGUCAGGAUAGAAUCGAUGCUACACAAAGACUGCUUUCUGUCAUUAGUUAAACCUAGGCCCAGGUAUAUACUUGGAACUUGGUUCCUCAGCCCUGAGCUACAACUCACAUGUUAUUUAUCUGUGGUCAUUGCCUAGAAAGGCAGCCCCACAGUUGCCACCAUUUCAUGUGCUCUCGGAACCUGAUUAGGAAUAAUUAACGUAAGUUUAUCUGUGACCUAAAUAUUUCGGAUUAGACACAUAUGAUGACCUACACUUCAUUUCUCUGCUCACCCGGGUCUCAAAUUAACACCAGGUGUUCUUUUAAAACUCAUGUUUAUCAUAGUAGAGUGUUUCGAAUAUUUUGUUGAUAACUGAUGUUUUUUUUUAUAAGAGCAAUUAGGGGGUCUUCGAAAGAGUCAAGGUUUCUCUUGCCAACCAUCUGAUCGUCAGAAUGCCUUCGUAGUGUGGAAGAGAGACAAUGUGGAACUGCCCCAUGGUGAUAAGUAUGAAAUUUCUCCAACAAGACUGACUGUGAAUGAUAUUAUUCAUAUCGAUGAGGGAAACUACUCAUGCAUAUACAUAAAUACCCAAAUGCAAAAUUCCACACUGAACUCGGGAUGUCUACUAGUGUAUGGUGCUGCAUUCUUUGACUCAUCACACGAGGAAAUACGCGUUAACAAUAAUGGCACUAUACGAUUUAACCUCUCCCUGGCAUUCACGAAGUCUGGUAAUAGUGGAUUAAUUGAAGAAAUCAGCAGCUUCGUUCUGGCAAAUAUGGUGCCAGUGGCUCAGUGUGAUGCAAAGUUUAAUAUCCCUUGCACUUUCUCUGGUAUUGAUAGCACUGCUCAGUGGUGGACAGUGGAGAGGGAAGAGGAGUAUAACGUCAUAUUUGUGUUACACCAAGCUAGAAGCACCAACAGAGGUUUAUACUCUGCUGAGGUUGAAGGUGUUGAUCCAGCAACACAAAGCUUGAGGACAAUUGAAAAGAACAUUUUUGUUUCAGUUGUUGCAUGUAAUAAAUCUUCUCCUAAAAUCAAUGGUGUGAAUGCUACAUAUUUGGAAUCAACUGAAACUGAGAUUGUAGGUUCACAAGUUAACUACUCGUGCAACAGUGGCUGCACUCUCCAAGGAAGCAAAUCCUUUCGUUGUAGAGUUGAAGUGAUUGGUGGUCAUGGAUCUAGUGAAUGGGUGAAUGAUACAGGUGGUACUGCUCUACCAAGCUGCUCUUGUUAUGGAACUGCUCUGGUGAUGUCACAAAGUCCUACUACAUUGGCAGUGUAUAAAACAAAGAGUAGUCUAGAGGUAAUGUCUGGAAACCUAGCUGAGACACCAACAGAUGAGGUGGUUCCCAGAGGCAAGAUGGGGCGGCAUUCAGCAGGGCUUAAUGCUGGCACUAUAGCUGGAGUAUCAGUUGUUGUUGGAGUCUUUAUUCCAGCCACUAUUUCUUUGUCUCUUCUUGCGUUCAUCAAAUUUCGAAGGGGAAUGGAGACUAAAGACAAGCAUGCAGAGUUGGGCAAAGAUAAAAAAGAUGUUUCGAUGAUCCAGAACAUCAAAAGUUAUACAUCAAGACACAGCAAUACCUCUGAAUCAUCUAGUAUUGAUUGCAAUCAUCGAGACAGCUUUAUUGAGACUAUUGGUAACGAGAGCUUUGCUGAACACCCCAAAAACUCUCGUGCAACUAAUAUAUAGUUUUUAUUUUUGCAAAAAUCACCAGUAAUAAAUAAAAAAAAUGAAUGAGCUACUGGUACCAUCAUUAGUGAGCGUGGUAGGCCUAAAAUAAAAUUAAACAAUUCAUGCUGUUUCACCCUGUUGCUAGAUUAGAAACUGCAUGUAUUGAUCUUGACCACACCAGCUAUAGUUCGCGCAAAGGCCUGAAGAACCAUUGGUAUAAGUUUGUGGUUAUUCUUUGUAACCUCCACUUGGACA